AUAACUGAGAUGAAACAGCCGACUUCAAUAAUUGGGCUUCAAUUUAACAUAAGGGCUGCAGUACUAUACCUGAAGCCCAUGAAAUGUUACGUAGGCCAUUCAUAUUGGCCCAAUUUUUCGGACGGAGCAAACCUUUGGGUGGAACGAGCGAGAGAGUAGCGCGGGGGAGAAGAUGAGCAGCGCUACAUGGAGUCGACUCCAGCUAUGGCCAAUGCCGCCAUCUUCUCUGUUCUUUACACGCUGCAAGCUUCCCAUAGCUGGGAGUUUGGUGCCUCCAACAAUUAUGCAGCAGCCGACGUUGUGUUUCUGUCGCCAAAUUCAGACGACUACCUAUGAAGUUGUUAAUGGAAGCUACGUUCCCAACCGUGAUACCCAACCAAGCAAGGAUGGAAAAAUAACGCCUCUGGAAGCUGUUGGUGCAUUUCAGAAGCUUCCAAUGGUGAUGCCUUCAGUUGAUAUUCUAUAUUCAGCAUUGAGGAAGGCAAAGAGGAUCUCACCAACAAAGGGUAUUGCUAAUGCUGCAAAGCGUGAAAGAAAUAAGGGUGCAAAACAACUUGAUGCAUUAAUGAAGGAGCUUGCUCUGCCGUUGAGAACUUACAAGGAGAACUUCCCCAACAAAAAAUAUUUGCAUCCGUAUGAACGGUCUCUUGUUGAGUUGACUCUUGGAGACGGAAACUAUGAGGAGGUAUUGGGAAAGAUUGAUACAUUGCGGAAGAAAUUGGUAUCGGUAGGGAAAGAGCAUGCCUCCAUAUGUGCCAAGUCACUAUCUAAGCGCGAAGCUGAGGAGCGGCUGAGUGAGGGAAUGAAAAGAAUUGAAGAAAUCUUUAAUUCUGAAGGAAAAGCUAUAGAUGACCUUUUGAAUAUUGCGAAGACGUUGCGGGCAAUGCCAGUAGUUGAUCUAGAUACACCUACUCUUUGUCUUGUUGGUGCUCCUAAUGUCGGAAAGUCAUCUCUGGUGCGAUUGUUAUCCACGGGAAAGCCUGAGGUGUGUAAUUAUCCAUUCACAACAAGAGGUAUUCUCAUGGGCCAUAUCACCUUAAGCUUCCAGAAUUUUCAGGUCACAGAUACACCUGGUUUAUUAAGAAGACGUGAUGAUGACCGGAAUAAUUUAGAAAAGUUGACACUUGCUGUCCUCUCUCAUUUACCAACUGCCGUGCUCUAUGUUCAUGAUCUCUCUGGAGAAUGUGGUACCUCACCUUUAGAUCAGUAUAUCAUUUACAAGGAAAUAAAGGAGAGAUUCAGCGACCAUCUCUGGCUCGACGUCGUGUCUAAAUGUGAUCUGUUAAGUGAUGCUCCUGCAGUCAUCACUGCAGAAGAUGGCGAUGCUGAUAACUUCGAGCUGGCAAAGUAUCGCAGAAUGGGACCUGAUGGAGCGAUCCGUGUAUCAAUCAAGACUGAAUUGGGUGUUGAUGAGUUGAAGGAUAGAGUGCACGAACUACUAGUUGCUCAGUCUACAAGGAUCAAAGACACUACAAAUGAUGAAGAAAAUCGAGAAGCCUUAUGAGAAGAGCUUAUUCUCGAAUAGAGUUUUGAGUAGACUUGAUGAAGUUGGUACUAUGCAGAUGUUCAUAUAUGUCAAGGGAGCCAAGAAAACUCCGUCC